UUUAUAUUAUUAUUCUUAAAUUCAUUGAAAAGUAAAAUUGCUAGCAGUACAACAAAAACAAACUAAAAACAAUGACGGCGUGGAGCGAUUGCAAUACCAAACAAGUCUUUGGAAUUGCCAAAUGCAAUUUCGAUCAGGAUAUUAAACCACAUCGAUUGAGUUUAGAUGUUGGGGACUCUGUGGUAAUACUUAAAGAGACAACACAUUGGUAUUACGGCUACAAACAAAGAUAUAAAGACCAACGCGGCAUAUUUCCCAAAUCCUACAUACAUUUGUGCGAUUACACAAUAGUGAAUGGCGAAUAUUGUAUGCAGCGUACGGAUAUUGUAGAGGAAAUUACCAAAGUACUCUUGGAAUGGGGCAGCAUAUUGAAGCAAUAUUUUUUGGUCAAUCAUCCCGACUUUCAUACCAUACGUUCCAAAAUGAAUGAUUUGAAUAAUAAUCGUGCUUUGCUUAUAUCGGGCAAUUUGCCCGUCGACGAAAUGCGAAAAGUGAAACUAUUGGCAACGUCACAGAUUGACACAGGAAAUAGCCUCUUGGGUUUGGAUAUGGUUGUGCGCGAUGAAAGUGGUGAUAUAUUGGACACAACGAAGACAUGCACAACGGAAUUAUAUGAGCAUCACUUGAAUGCGGUUAAUCGCAUUAUUAAAGCAAAUCGCCCUCAAUCAAAUCAACGCACUUCACGUCCCUUAAAUAAAUACUCCCAUAAUAUAUUACUCCAUGUAAAUGCAUUUGUAUGCAAAUUUCAAGAAGAUUCUGAUCUACUUUUUACGCUUUUUGACGGCGAAUCACACAAACCGAUAAGUGAAAAUUAUGUGGUCAAAUGGUCACGUACCGGUAUUGCGCGUGAUAUCGAUCAAUUUGAUAACAAUCGUGUACUCUUCACCGAUCUAAGCAAAAAUGACUUAAGUAUAUCGAAGAUUUAUCUUGUUUGUUAUGCGAUACGCGUCGGUGGAAUGGAAAUGAAAGAGAAUGACUCCAAGCGUGUAAGCAUAACGAAUACGAUGCUAACGGCGGCAAGUAAAAAGAAUUCACAACUUUCGAUCAGCUCCAAUGGUUCUUUUAAUAACACAGAGUACAUAAUGCGACGUCCGUUCGGAGUCGCGUGUAAAGAAAUCACACCCAUAAUUAACAAACCAGAAGAUUCAAAGGGUAAUUUGGACUUACCUUUUAUAAUGUGUGAAAAAGAUAAUCUGGAUGCUACAUUACGCAAGUUAAUUGCUAAUAAAGAUAUAGGUAAAAUUGAUUCUAAAAUGGCUGUUACUGUUGAAGUGCUACAAGGCGAUAUAAAACAGAUUAAAGAAGAUUUCCCACGUUUAGUGCAUACAAAUGUACCUUUAGCGCGUAAAAUGGGCUUUCCAGAAGUUAUACUGCCGGGAGAUGUUCGCAAUGAUUUAUAUUUGACAUUAUGUUCGGGAGAAUUUGCGCGUAUUGCUAAAACAUCUGAAAAAAAUGUUGAGGUUACAGUAUGUGUUUGUAAUGAACUGGGACAACUUGUGCCGGGCGUAAUGAGUAUAGGUGCUGGACAUCCACCCAUUGAUGAAUAUAAAUCUGUCGUUUAUUAUCAUGAUGAUAAACCAAAGUGGCAAGAAACAUUUAAAAUACAUGUGCCUAUAGAUGAAUUCAAACAGUGUCAUUUAAAAUUUACUUUUAAGCAUAGGAGCUCCAAUGAACAAAAAGAUAAGUCUGAGAAACCUUUCGGCUUAUCAUAUGUAAAAUUAAUGCAAGAUAAUGGAACUACCAUAACUCAAGGACUACAUAAUUUGGCUGUAUAUAAAAUCGAUCAUAAAAAAUUCGACAAAACGAAUGCGAACUCUUAUAUGGAACUGCCAGCUACUAUCAUUGAAUUACAGGGCACAAAACCUUCCAUAACUGGUUUAAAUUUAUUGCCAAAGGAUCAGUGUACGAUUUGUGUAAAUCUUUGCAGCACAAAAUUAACACAAAGUGUGAGCUUAUUGGGCUUAUUGAACUGGUCAGCACAUAAGGAUACUUUGGAAGAAUCCUUAAAUGCUUUAUCAAAUGUACCUGGGGAAGAGGUUGUGAAAUUUUUACAAGAUAUUCUAGAUGCUUUAUUUAAUAUAUUGGUUGAUAAUGACAAUCCUCAGAAAUAUGAUCAGUUAGUUUUUAUGAGUAUUAUACAUCUCAUUGAAACUGUUUCAGAUCUGAAGUAUCAACAUUUUUUGACUGUAUUAGAUGUAUAUAUAAAUCAGAGCUUUUCAGCAACUUUAGCAUAUGGAAAAUUAAUUGAUGUACUUCAAAAGAAUAUUAAGGAAGCAAUAGAACCAAAGGAAAAAUCAGUUGAUGGUGUUGAGAUCGAUGAACGUAUUGAAGUGAAGCGUUUAUAUAAAACCACAAGAUAUUUACAUUAUGUUAUGAAAUUUGUUAUACGUUCAAGAAUUUUAUUUGCUGCUAUCAAUGGCAAUUCAGAUUGUGAUGAUUUUGCGAAUAAACUUCAUGAAUUACUAGAAAUGUUCAUAAAAAUGAUCGCUUGUCCGACAGAUCUAUUAAAAUCAGAAGGAGCUUUGCUUAAAAAUUUACAUAUAAUUGCUACAGACUUAAUGCAAGUUUUUGAUUCUGUACGUUUAAGCAUUGUUAUUGUUAAUAUAUUAAAACAAUUCCCACCUCGUCGUCUAACACAGUCAAAAAUGGGUUGCAUUAAAGAUUUUGUUGAUUCAAAACUAUUUCAUUUACCAGAAUGUCGAGCUAUUUUAUUGCCGGUAUUUUGCAAUCACAUUAAAGAUAGACUAGAGAGCAAAGAAGAGGGCGAUACUAAGUCCGAUAUCUGGCAACAAGAAAAAAAUCUCUCAAAAGCAGCCAAAGUGCUUGGACAGUUAAAAUCACAACUUCAUACACGUGAAACAACGGCUAAGCAAAAGGUAAUAGAAUGUAUCAACAUUAUGAACAAUAUAUUGAAAUUGUUAUAUCGCACGGACAUCGGUUACACACACAAUGACGUGCGUGAUAUGAUGUUAAUUCUUCUACGUACAGUCAUUAAAACCUCUCACGCUCUGGAUCGUGAAAAUCAACUAGUCGGAAACUUGGUGGCUAUAAUGCUGGGCAUAUUACAACGCAUGGAUGCUGCACAUUAUGAAAUCUUUGUGAAGCAUUUAAAUAAUCGCUUUGAAUUACAAGAUUUCAUUAUUGAAAUACUAUUAGUAUUUGAAGAAUUAGUCUCUCCACAUCAGAAACCAGUCUUCCCACGUGAUUGGAUGGAUAUGAUAAUGCAUCAAAACACUGUAAUACUAGGAUCAUUGCAGCACUUAACAAUCGUUAUAAUCGAUCAUUUCUUUGAUCCAUUUGAAAAACAAGUUUGGUCGAAUUUCUUCCAGUGUUCCAUAGCAUUUCUUAUACAAUCACCUCUACAACUCAAUGACUUUAAUGACAAUAAACGUCAAGUUAUAUUCGCCCGUUAUCGUGACAUACGCAAAGAUACAGCUCAUGAAAUACGUAAAAUGUGGUUUCAAUUGGGUGAGCAUAAACCAAAGUUUGUACCACAGUUGGUCGAACCGAUACUAGAGAUGAGUAUGAUACCAGAAGUGGAACUGCGUAAAGCCACUAUACCUAUAUUCUUUGAUAUGAUGCAAUGCGAAUACUACAGUUCGAAAUUGGUGCACGAUAGCUACGGUGAUACAAAGCGCAAUAACGCACAUUACAAAGCAAACUUCAAUGAAUUCGAAACCGAAAUGAUCGAAAAAUUAGAUAUUUUAAUUGGAGCAGGUAAGGGAGAUGCGCAAUAUAAGGAACUAUUCGCCAAAAUUUUGUUAGAGAAGUGCCAAGCACAUAAUAUACUCAACAUAGAGGGCACAAAGUUUGUUAAUAUGGUUUCAAAACUAAUGGAUCGUUUACUGGAAUAUCGCUGGAUUAUACAGGACGAAAGUAAAGAAAAUCGCAUGGCUUGCACUUUUUCACUGCUACAAUUCUAUUCAGAAGUGAAUCGCAAAGAAAUGUACAUACGCUACGUUUAUAAACUGUGUGACUUACAUAUGGAAUUCGAUAACUAUACUGAAGCUGCUUUUACUCUGAAAUUGCACACUGAACUACUGCUCUGGGAUGACACCGAGCUAUCCCCAUUGUUACGUUCACAUCGCCAUAUAACUUGUCGUACACAUCGGGAACUUAAGGAAGCGCUUUAUUAUGAAAUUAUUGACUAUUUUGAUAAGGGCAAAAUGUGGGAAUGCGCCAUUGAUAUGUGUAAGGUGCUCUCACAACAAUAUGAAAAUGAAAUCUAUGAUUAUCUAAAAUUAUCCGAACUACUUAAGAAAAUGGCACAAUUUUUCGAAAAAAUUCUUAAGGAAUUACGCCAUACUUCAGAGUAUUUCCGUGUGUGCUUUUAUGGUUUAGGUUUUCCACGUUUUCUGCAAAAUAAAGCGUAUAUCUACCGUGGAAAAGAAUAUGAACGUUUGAGUGAUUUUUGUACACGUAUUUUGGUCCAGCAUCCACAAGCUGAACUGAUGCAAACACUUGAAGCACCCGGUGAGGAUAUAACGCAAACAGAAGGACAAUUUAUACAAAUCAAUAAAGUGGAGCCCAUAACAGAUGAAGUGUUUGCUAAGUUUAAUGAUAAAAUUAUUUCAAAUGAAAUUGUUAAAUACUUUGCAUCGAACAAUGUGCAAAAGUUUAAAUUUUCAAGACCUUAUCGAGAAAGUACUGGCGCUGAAGCUGACGAUGUACGUAGUUUAUGGCUUGAACGAACUGUAUUGACCACACGUUUUUCGUUACCUGGCAUAUUACGCUGGUUUCCAGUAAUUGACACAAGGAAAUUUAAGAUAUCACCGAUUGAACUUGCUGUUGAGACUAUGAAAUCAACAAAUAAGGACAUACGGGAUUUAAUUAUUGCACACAAAAAUGACGAGAAUAUACCAAUAAAUCCUUUAAGCAUGAAGAUCAAUGGUAUUGUAGAUCCAGCAGUAAUGGGCGGUUUUAGUAAAUAUGAAGAUGCUUUCUUAACACCUGACUACCUCGAAGAGCAUCCUGAUCAUAAUGAUUUAGUUGAAGAAUUAAAGGAACUGAUUGCCUCACAAAUACCAUUAUUGGAAAUAGCCAUCGCUUUGCAUAAACAAAAAGCACCGGAAAGUCUUAAACUAUUUCAUGAGCGACUGGAAACCUGCUUUGGAGAUAUGCAAGCAAAUGUGGAAAGCAAAUAUGGCAAGAAGACCUGCGACUUGAAACUAGAACGUGAUUCGGUUAUAAUGCGCCGAAAUGCUUCAUUCUUGCCUACAAUGUUUGAUGGUAAUAAUCGUUUAUCCGAAACGAGUAUGGGCUCUUCAGAUAGCGGAUUAUCUAAAUCAACAUUCUCAACAAGGCCUCAAACCAGUUCCAUAAAAUCAACUUUUGCCAGUUUUAAUUUUAAUCCUAGACCAAGUUUAGGUCAUUCGCCCAGCACAAAGAGUAAAACGAAAGAUAAAACUCCUGCAAAAAGACGAUCUAUUAAAAAGUUGGAUCGUGAAACGUUAAGUCUGCCAGUAGCAAAUAGUCAAUGGUAUACAACUCCUCUUACUACAAUAACUUCUACACCUGAACGUGAAUCAAAUACUUCCAUAACAAGUGCUUCCAAUACUUCAUUGUGUUCGAAAACCAGUGAUCCACGUGUAUUAACAGAAGAAUUAACAUCUAAACGUCCUCUGCGAUCUGAAAAAGAGAAGGAACGUCGUUUAUCUCGACCAGCAAGUAUUGCUACACCCACCGCUAGCAUGAAGGGUUUUUCAACACACGAGACGCUUUCAUAUUCUGGUGCAGAAAGCAGCAAUAGGAAUUCAGUUGAUACCACAGACUCUACAUCUGAGGAGGAUCUCAUUCCACCACCGUUACCAGCUAAAACACGCGAUUCAACUGAUUUUACCAGUUUAAAUUAUAGCAUUGAUUGGAAUCCAAACACAUUUUCCAUAAAUUCAUUAAGUCCAAUGGGUAUUAUUACUACAACUAAAACCAGUAUUAUCAAUACAUCAUAUGAAUAUGUUGAAGCGAAGAAUUUUGUUAUUACCGAUGACAAGAAACGUCCACCAACACCACCACCAAAGCCUUCAAGAAAUAGUAAACACAUUCCAUAGAAAGUACAGAAGCUAAAAUUACUAAGAGCAAAAGAAGCUCGCUCCAAAGUAGAGAACUAAUUACAGUCUCUAAUACAUAUAGAAAUGAUGGUGUGUAUAAAAAAAAAUUAAAAUUAAACGCAAAUAAAUCACAAUUAGCGAUUGUGAAAACAAAAAGUGCCAAAUCAAACAUUUGCCUCUCAGAACUACCAAAAAUAUAUAAAUAUAUUUUCAAAAGUAAUGAAAUUAUAUGCACAAAUCAAAAUAUAAAUUUUAAUAUUAACAAUGUAUUGAUCUUUUAUAAUUAAUUUUUUUCUUUUAUAUACAUAUAUGUAAAUGAUAUUAUGUUGAAUAUUGGCGUCAUUU